UGAUUUAAAACGGCGAGAAUAAAUCGUUUUUCAAGUUUCUAUUGGAAGAAAUUAAUCAAGCAACAAUGUUGAAGCUCGUAACAGUAGCGCGAUGUUAUUGUCAGUCUGUCUGCUAUUGUGUGAAAUAUUGGUGUUUUGCAAAAUGCCCUUUCCUAUUGUUAUUAACCGGGAAACUUAUUUAUUACAGAUUGUCCUUAGCUGGUUGCAUCCAGUCACAAUGCUACGGCUAGCCCCCUAGCAAUCCUCCGUCCACUUGAACGGAGUGGAGCUAGCUGGGCUAGCUUCAUGUCAGCGCUAGCUAAACCUGGGCUGACAUUCCGUGACAAGGGGAAAGUGAAGAAAAUAACCAGAGUGAAGGAAAACACCAAGUCAGGAAAUUACACAGCAAGCAUGUGCUUUUGUUCGACGCGUAGCGGCUUUGCGUGCUUUGUUUAAAUAGGUUGGGGAUAUCAGAGGAGUGGGAAUGACUGACACUCCACCCAGUGAUGGUCCCUCCCAGGGAGCUGAGUUUGACAUGAUGGGUGCUCUGGACUGGAAGGAUGGUAUUGCCACAUUGCCAGGCAGUGACAUCAGGUUUCGCAUGACAGAGUUUGGUACUCUGGAGAUUGUCACAGACCUUGAGGUCAAAGGACAGGAGGCAGAGCCUAAAUGUGAGACCUUGGACCCAGCACCUUCUCACAGUCCCACCCCUCCACCAGAGGGCCAAUCACAGACUGGCACAGCCGCAGCUCCGGCCAAUCAGAGUCAGUCAGGAUCAUCUCAAGGUAAAGCUCCUGGUCCUGUUCUCCUGUCUUUAGAGGAGGGCCCCAGUAUGGAGGGCCCCAGUGUGGAGGUUGGUCCAAGUGUUGAAGUUGGCUCCAGUGGUGUCAUGGGCUCAAACAGGGACCUGGCAAGGUGCAGGGCCUGUGGUGGGCAUGCUCCCCGGGCUGCCCUCCUUCAGGGCAAGUUCUGUAGCUCCAUUUGUGCCCAGCCCUCCAGUGGCAGAUCAUCUCCAGGGGAAGCACGGGAGAGUCAGGCAGUUGAAGGUGAGAGGCUGGGUAAACGUGUGCGCAAAAAGAGGAAGAUCUAUAUGGAUUCUGGUGAUGAAGAGGAAGAUAACCAAGAGGAACCAGAGGAAAAAGCCAAGACGACCAAAGGCAGGAGAGGUCCCAAAAUUGCCAAACUUGUGACUGCCGCGCCCAAUAAGAAACGAGCGUGGAGCUGGCCUGCUUACCUGGAAGAGGAGAGGGCCAUUGCUGCUCCUGUCAAACUAUUUAAAGAGCAUCAGUCAUUUCCUCAAAGCAGAAACAGUUUUAAAGUGGGAAUGAAGCUGGAGGGUCUGGACCCGUGUCACCCGUCUCUGUUCUGUGUGCUCACUGUUGCAGAGAUUCAAGGCUAUAGGGUACGGCUCCACUUUGAUGGCUACCCAGAAUGCUACGACUUCUGGGCCAACGCCGACUCGUGGGAUAUGAAACCUGCAGGCUGGUGCGAGAAGAAUGGACAUAAGUUAUUGUUGCCUAAAGGUUGUAAGGAUGGAGAGUUUAAUUGGAGCAUGUAUGUGAAGAACUGCAGGGGUCAGCUGGCCCCCAAACACCUUUUCAAGAGCCUAAACACAUCUGUGACUCCGUCUGGAUUUCGAGCGGGGAUGAAGUUGGAGGCAGUCGACCGGAAGAACCCUUCGUUGAUCUGUGUAGCAACCAUCGCAGCUGUAGUUGACAACAGGCUGCUCAUUCAUUUUGACAACUGGGAUGACACAUAUGAUUACUGGUGUGAUGCUAGCAGUCCAUACAUCCAUCCUGUGGGUUUCUGUGAAGAGGCCGAGCUAACUCUGACCACUCCAGCUGGUAAGACACAGACCAAGACACACGUGGAAUAUAAACAACCUAAGAGUUUCUCAUGGGAGAAAUAUCUGGAAGAGACGGGCACGCAGGCUGCUCCUGCUCGGGCUUUCAAACCGCGGCCUCCACACGGCUUCCAGAUUGGGAUGAAAGUGGAAGCUGUGGAUAAAAGGAACCCCAUGCUCAUCCGUGUAACAACUAUAGCAGACACAGAGGACCACCGACUGAAGAUCCACUUUGAUGGCUGGAGUUCAGAGUACGACUACUGGGUGGAGACAGACUGCCCUGAUCUGCACCCUGUAGGGUGGUGUCAGAAAACUGGACACCCUCUACAAUAUCCUAACGGCUCCAGUGAUGUAUUGAGUGCCCCAGGGCAAGGAUGUCCUACUCCAGGAUGCAACGGGGUCGGCCACAUCAGAGGACCUCGCUAUGGGACCCACUACACUCAGGUGAGCUGUCCCUACUCGGAAAUGAAUCUGAACAAAGAGGGCUUGCUGCCAGACCGUCUCAGCGGAGAGCGACCUCUCACCCUCAGUGGACCUCAUCCCCGCGGGCGACGCCCUGACCCUCACACAAACACUACUACGCAGACCUCCUCAACGCCAGAUCAGCCUGAAGGAGCUGAAGACUCCCAGAACAGGAAACCAGUGACCGUGGAAGCUGAGCGUUCAGGACGCAAUAGCCAGUCAGAGCCACCAGGCGCCGCCAGUGAGCAAAGCCAAAAUGGAACCAGACCUAAAAGGACUGCUCCAGUUCCCAAAUACCUGAAAAUGCACUAUGUUAAAGAGGAAAUUGGUGAUGGUAAAGCCUCGCCAGACGCCAUCUCUCUCCAGCAGGCUCUCCACGAGUCUGUGUUUUCCCCCGGCAUCUCUGCCUCUCCCCCCCACCGGGUGGCUCUCUGCUGGGACAAACACUGCCAGCUGCUGCCUGAGGUCCUGGGGCUGACUGCCAAGAGAGUGGCCACAUGGAGCGCUGAGGAGGUGGCUGGUUUUGUCAAAGGACUCCCAGGAUGUAAAGAACAUGCUGCUACAUUUAAAACAGAGCAAAUAGAUGGCGAGGCCUUCCUGCUACUCACCCAAUCAGACAUCGUGAAGAUUCUGUCAAUCAAGUUAGGUCCAGCCCUGAAGAUCUACAACUCCAUCCUCAUGCUGAAGAACGCCGAUGAAGAAUAAGGGGGGGGGGGGGAGGGGGUCGCGCCCUCCAGGCUGUUCCCUCAGCUCCGGCUUCAUCGACACUCAGCGAAAGACGUUUGACAAAAUCAGCCAGAACGGGUUUCAUCUCGUUGAGCUCUGUGACGGCGCAGCGAGACAAGAGAAACAAGCGGAAAAGCCGUCAACUUUAAAACGUCCAUCUCUUCAUCCCCUCUGCUUUCCUCUCUCCAUGAUGGACACCCCUGAGGGAGAGUUUUACAUGACACCAUGUGGAUUCCUUAACUUAUAUCGUGUUUGUUUACUGAAUCAUAAAAAAAAACUACAGGCACCUUCAAGGCUUCUUAGCAUUGUACAGUUUGUGAAUUGGAUUUAGUGUCACUAUUCUGUUGCUUUUCCCUUUUUUUUUUAUUUAAACUGUAAUGAAAUGGUGCUUGAGCUCAGAGCAGAUGGAACAAGCAUCGUUGUUGCUUUUACUCAGCAACAAAUUUUUUUCUUUUCUUUUUAAAGCUGCAAAAUACAAUCGUGAGGUGGAGAGAGGUUUUUGUUUUUUGUUUCUUUUUUAAAAAUGUGAAACCCAGUGGAGCAGAAAGCACUAUGUAGUUCAGCCUUUCUCCUCUAGAUGGAGAGAGCGAGCCACUCCACAGGCCCAGAGGCAGAGAGUUUUGAUCAUUUCGAGUUUGCUGAAGCUUACAUUGAAUGGGGGAUGGAAAAAACUGUGUGUGUGUGUGUGUGUGUGUGUGUGUGUUUGUGUGUGUGUGUGUGAAUGUAAGAAAUGAGGGUGUAAUUUGUGGCAAGCAGGGCUAAGGGCUAAUUGUUAAAUCAAGGAAAAUUACAGUUUUUUUAUGGUGGAAUGAGACAACGAAGCAGCUCUGGUCUUCUUUGUCUGCAUGUCUUUGGGGGGAAACAGCAAAUGAAUAUGAAUGUUAAAAAACAGCUUUUAGUUGUUUUGUUAUUGUUUCCUUGACUCCUUAUCUUGUUUGUUUCAAAUAACCUCCUGUCAUUCACAUUGUAAAUAGUAUACAGCUACAAAAGGACUGUCCUCGCUCCCUACAAGAUUUUACUCCUGCUCGGUUAUGCAAAGGCUUGACAUCUGUCGACAGGAAAGGACAUUGUGACAGUGAACUGAAAAUACGAGCCUCGAUUCAUACGUAGAUUUUGAGAAAAAAAGCAAACAAAAAAAAACAAAACAUUGUUAGUGUCUUUGUAAAUCAGUGAGUUGGAAUGUGUACAUCAGCAACUGUUUAUAUGCAAACAGCUUUUAUUUAUGUAUCUAAUUUAAGGGGUAAUGGUACGCUGUUUUGGCUCCGAGGUAGCUGUGGCUGUUUGGUGGUGUGUGUGUGUGAAUGAGUGAAAUAAAUGAGAUGCACACUG